AUGUUGAAAUUAGAAGAAGACGACCGCAAUGAAAUUUUCAGUUGGUGUGCAAACAACGAAAUAAGGUGGAAAUUUAUUCCGCCACGUGCGCCACACUUUGGAGGCCUAUGGGAGGCCGCAGUGAAAUCUGCCAAAUUUCACCUUCUAAAGGAGUUGCGAAACACCACUAUCAGAUACGAGGACCUGCUAACCCUGCUGGCACAAGUGGAAAUGUGCCUCAAUUCCCGACCACUCACACCAAUACCAUCAGAAUCAACGGAUCUAGAAGCCUUGACACCGGGACACUUCCUGGUGGGCUCCAAUCUACAAGCUGUCAUCGAACCGUCUGUAACCAACGUACCAGAAAAUCGGCUCAACCAUUGGCAGCAAACUCAGCAACAUUUUCAACGCAUCUGGGCUCGCUGGUAUCCCGAGUACCUUCAACAACUCCAGUCAAGGGCAUCAAACAGCUGCAGUCCACCUGUUAAAAUUGAACCCGGAAGAAUUGUUGUUGUUCGAGAGGAUAAUUUACCACCAACCCAGUGGCCGCUUGCGAAAAUCACCGCAGUGCAUCCUGGGAAGGAUGGAAUCGUCCGAGUCGUUACAUUAAAAACAUCCACUGCAGAUAACGUCGUACGACCUGUAACCAGAAUCGCCUUACUGCCGAUGCCGAAUGAAGAUGUUUCGUUAAACUCAACAAACCCUUAG